AUAUGGAGGAAAAAGAAAUAGUAAUUAAUAGCAUGUACAUAGUCCAUAAUUGUAAAGCCAUUUUUCUGUUUUCAUCUUGAUUCAAGCUCCCCCAUCCAUUUCCAUUUCAAAAUCCCUCCCUCCUUCAUUUCCCCAUUUUCCUCUUCCUCUUUUGGUGUGACAGCCAUGGAGGAAUGAACCAAUGACAUGAACCGCCGCGGAUUCCUCAGCCCCCCCUUCGCACCCCCUCCUCUCUAACUCUCUCCUGGACAUGACGCAGAAGAUCCUUCUGCGCUCUCCGCCGGUCACCCGCCGCAGGGAGAGGCGGCGCGUGGGGGAGGUUGCCGGCAACGCGACGGCGGAGUGCGCGGCGGUGUGCUGCUGCGUGCCCUUAACCGUCAUGGACAUGGUCGUGCUGGCCACCUACAAGCUCCCCGCGGGCCUUCUCAAGAAGGCCAUGCACAAGCGCAAGGGACGCCUUCUGCAGAAAAGGAAGAAGAAAACCGAGGCGCUCUUGGAUCACGGGCCUGUCAAGGCCGAUAAUUCUGGGCAUGGGCUUGGGCUUGGGCUUGGGUCCACACUUGAAGAGCACCUGGCGAAGGAGGUCGCGGAGGAGAAGUUGGAGGCGUCGAGGUUGGAAGACGAGAUGUGGGCCCAGUUCAACGGGACCGGGUUCUGGAGAAGCGCUUCUCAGCGCCACCACCAACAACAAACUGAUGGGGAAUCAUGCCAAGAACUCCAAUGAUUUCGGUACACGUGUCGCGUUUCCAUUCGACGACAACUCAACGAACGCAUUCAUUUACCUGGAUUCUAUGCAUGCGACAAUGUUUAAUGUGCUGUCAUAGACGACCAUCAUCAUAUUGUUGGGUUUAGCCAUCAUUUAUCGUUCUUGUUUUUUCCUAUGUGUAUUUUAAUUUUAUCAAGUCUAUGCAUUAUUUUGAUAAGGUUACGACUUUCUGAAAUUGGAAUUAUUUUUAACUUUAACGUGUACUAGGAACGAGUAUGUAGAAAGAAGCUCUAA